GGAGGAAAAAUAAGUCAGUUCCGCAUGAGCGCAGCAGAUGCAUGUAAGGGUUAUUUCUAAAUCGUAUAUGGCAGUAAAUUAUGACCGAGGGUAAUUUGAACCGUUCAAAGUUAUCUGAAACAAGGGUCAGAGAGAAAUGUCGCAGUUAGGGGGUUUCGUCAGCCGAGUUCACAAGUUCAACACACAGCCCUAUCCAAUAAGCACAAGACGAGGGCGUGGAGAAGUAAUGUUUACGUCUAGGUCGCCUAGAAGUGGGACAGAGUGCAAACUGCACCUGUCACUCGGUCGGGUAUAGAGGCACACCAGCUUCCAAAUGAGCCAUUGCAAGACAGUAUACAGGAAGACUACUGCAAGAUAACAGCUGGUCAUAAGGUGUUGGAUCUGCUGUCCACAGAGCUGCCAUGCUGAGAAGAGGCAGAAAUGGCCGGACUCGGCAUUUGGCCUGGAGCGAAAUACGGCAGGAGACAGAUGCCAUGGAAGUGAUCCAGACAUUGGACAGAGAGCAGUGGGAAGGCCAGACAACAACACAGAUCAGCGAUUUGGAGUCUGACGUGGACUACCUGGCGAGUUCCCAGACUGUCACUGAGGUGGUGGCCUUGCCCUGCACUGUGCCAGUGAUAGGGGAGUCUUUCUGCCAGUGUGACCGUCAGGAAGAGCUCAGCCCAGGAUACAUUCUUAUCAGUGACUGCGUCUGUGGGGAAGAAGAUCAAGGUUUUGACUGGGUAUGGGAUGAGAACUGCAAAUCCUCCGGAGCUUUCCUCAGCUGUGACAACAGGAAGGUGAGCUUUCACUCCGACUACAGCUGUGGCACAGCUGCCAUUCGCGGCACCAAGGAGCUGGCAGACGGCCAACACUUCUGGGAAGUCAAGAUGACCUCUCCUGUCUAUGGAACCGAUAUGAUGGUGGGAAUUGGAACUUCAGAGGUGAACCUUGAGAAGUUCAAAUACAGCUUUGGCAGCCUGCUGGGCCAUGAUGAAGACAGUUGGGGACUUUCCUACACAGGUCUCCUCCAGCACAAAGGGGACAAAGUGAAGUUCUCCUCUCGAUUUGGGCAAGGCUCCAUCAUAGGGUUGCACCUGGACACCUGGCAUGGUACCCUGACCUUCUACAAGAAUCGGCACUGCAUAGGUGUCGCUGCCACAAGGCUGCAGAACAAGAAGUUCUACCCCAUGGUGUGCUCCACAGCAGCCAAGAGCAGUAUGAAGGUGAUCCGUGCCUGCUAUACACCCACCUCCCUGCAGUACCUUUGCUGUGCCCGACUCCGUCAAAUGUUGCCCUGCUGCCCAGACAUGCUUGGUGCUCUGGAGCUGCCCCCAGGCCUGCGCACCCUCCUCCACACACAGCUGGGCUGGGUCUUCACCCUCAGCAGCAGCCCUGAAGCCUCAGAGCAGCACAGCGACUUGCUUGAGGACUUCUACGAAGAGACGAGCCUACCUUCGAGCCCCAGCCCCAGCCCCAGCCCCAUCAUGAGCCCGGUAUCCAGCCUGAGUGCCUGCGCCUCUCCGAGCCCCUGCACCAGCCCAUUUCCUGACACAGUCUCAUACCAGUGCCCCUGUCAAACAUCACCUCAAACUCAGCCCUGCACUUGCCACUGCCCUCCAACUCCUCCCAGCAGUGACUACGAUAGCUGCUGCUCUGAGCCAGAGGAGUACCAAUGCAAAAGAUGCCGCUGGACAUGACAUAGUAGUCAAAACGUAGUUCUAAGUAUUUGGCACACAGCUAUUCUACCAUUGCCAUCAGUGUCUCCUGUUUGAAAUCAUGGAUAAAACAGCAUUCUCAUUCUUUAGCCAAUAUUUGAGUGGAUAUUUAAUUGGAUUGUUGUUUCUCUUUUUUAUCUAGCAAUGUUGUGUCACUCGGGGCAAAUUUCUCAAUGAAUGGGGCGAAGGGAGUGAGUCUGUAGUCUGUGAGACAUUUAAUGCAGUUCAGAUAUUAGAGUGACAUUGAGGUCAUUCACUCUCAUUUUAGCCAAUUUCUAUCAUGGGGCUAAUAAGAGCCAUAUGUAUUACUCAGUUUUUUUCUUCAUUUUAUCUUUAAAAUAUGCCAGUCACUGUCUUUGUGAGGCCUGAUGUUUGCCAAAUAUGACUCUGACAAAAAAGCAAAAAAAAACACCCUUGUUAUUCUCAGGGAUAGACUCCAGGGGGAAAGGAGUUGCUUUUGAUACUUCGGAAAUGACUUUUUUGUAAAUGUGUUUUGUAAUCAGCAUUUGGUUUGAAUAUCAACAGUGGUUGUGUUCAUGCUUAUAAGAGGAUUUGCUACUCAGUGCUUUUCUUUGUACAUUUAUGCUUUGUUUAUGAACUUUCUUACAGAGGCAAUUCUAUAAAAUUAAAUUAAAAGGU